ACAUCGUUACUAUGGUAAUGCUAAAUAUACAAACUUGGAAAUUAAUAAUAAAAAUACGUAUGCGCGAUCAAACGCACGUGCGUAUACUUUUCGUAGAUUUAAAUAUAUUAAAUAGAUCUGCAAUGAAUUUGUGGUAUAAAAUCAAUCAAGAUCGUUUUACGUUUAAGUAUUUCGAUCAGUCUUGAUCAGAUGAUCACUGUUUUUUAAAAUGUAAAGUAUGACAAUGGCUAAUUAUGAAAGUAGUACUGAACAACAAAGAAAGAAGCACAGUUGUAGAAGAACAUCGCUUAUAAACAGUAGUUUGGAGACACCUUGCAGACCAGUUUAUUGUCGCAGACGCAUUUCGAAAGCAAGACAUACACUUAAAUCUCAUGUAUUGCAUAAAGAUCCAUCAGAUUAUAACAUAGGUGAUACAAAUGAUAAUGAUGAUAAUGUAUGUUCAAUGAACAAAAAGCAUGAUUGUGAAAGAAAUAAGAAAUCACAUGAGAAAAGUCAGAAACAAUCAUUUGAUGAAGAUGAUGUUGAAUCAGGUACCGUAUCGUCAAGAAUAAAAACCAAACAUCCUUCUAAAGAUUCCUUGAAAAUAGCCAAUGAGUAUCACAAAUUAGAAAAACGUUAUAAACAUAUUGAAGAAGAAUGUAAAAAAUUAGGUAGUAUAUUAGAGCAAAGAGAAACAGAAUAUAAAGGAAUAUGUUCACACUAUGAAACUUUAGUCCAUGUAGUACAAGAACUAGAAGAGGCAAAAGUUGAUUUAACAAAACACAAUGAAAAACUUGAAGUAGAGAAAGUUCAGUUAAAUGAAGAUAUAUUACUUUUAAAAAACAUUGUCUACCAAUUGAAUACUGAAUUGGAAAGAUAUCAAGACAAAUUAAGAGAUCAAAAACUUGAAAUCAGUUCUGCACACAUAGAAAGCAGUGAAAAGGAAGAGAAGUACAAUCAGAGAAUUUGGGGAAGUAUUAAUUUUCAUGCAUUAGGUCCACUUUUGAAUGCCUAUCAAGAAAAUUUGUCGGAAAAACGAGAACUUUUACGCAUGUACGAACAGGAGAUGGCUGAUUUUGGUAAUAGAUGUAAGGAAGUCCUUACAGAGAAUGAACUUAUGCACAAAGAAGUACAAGAAUUAAAGUCAGAGUGCGAUAGGUAUGCAAAGGAAAUUGCGACAUUAGUUGAAAACACAGCAUCUUUAAAAAAACAAAACGAUAUUUUGGAAAAGGAAACCGGAAGUUUAAAAAGGGAAACCGCCGAAGUUCGUUCGGCGUAUGAAUUAAAGAUGGGAAUAAUUUUAAAACGUAAUGAUGUACUUAGGAAAGAAAAUAUGACCUGCGUAUCAGAAUUAAGUAAUCUUCGCGGAAAAUAUGAAAUUUUAAGCAAAGAAUUUGAAAAACUAAAAAGUAAAGAGGAUCAAACAAUACCUACGAGCAUUCACACUGCCGCUGUCGAAGAAUGUAAAAAAUUACUGGAUGAAUUAAAAUACCGAUAUGAAAAUGAAAAACGUAAUCUUUCCAAUCAUAUAAAACGUAUGGAAGAGAAUCAACCAGAGAACGAGAAAGAACUCGUAAUGGCCAUAGCCGAAAGAAAUCAUUUGAAAGGUCUUGUUGAAAAUCUUGAGAAAAAUUUGAAGCGUACACAACGUAAACUGGAACACGUGCAAGGUCUUGUAUAUUCAACUCGGAUUUCACGUGAUUCUCUGAAAGGGCAAUUAAGUAAGGCGACCGCUUAUUGCGAGGAAUUGUUUUCCGAAUAUGAAAGAAUCGUGGCAGAAAGAGAAAAACUAUUAGCUAUCCUGCGCGAAACCGAACAAGAAAAUGCAAAUAUUGAUCGCCUUGGAAAAAGCAUUACUAGUCGAGUGAAUGAUUUAAAAAAUCAAUUAGAAAUUGUCCGAAGAGGUGCGAGACAGCAAGUAGAAUCAGCCGAAAAGCGAAUAAAAUUACAGGAACUUCGUGUUCAGCGAAUGAAACGUAUUUGUCGGCAUAAAGUACAGCAUUUAAGCGAUAUAAUUAAACAAAAGGAAGACAUUAUUGGGAUGUUAGAAAAAGAAAAACACGGUAAUAAAAAUUCAACGCGACAUGAACUUCAAACAACGAGUAAUAACGUAUCUAAAACAGCUAGACCAAAUAAUACAUGAUCGCGAAAACAAGUUGGAAAACAUCAGCAUAUUGUUAAACUCAUGAUAAGAUCAUCUAUGAUACAUUGGACUUUGAAAUUGAUAUUCAAUGAAUCUCUUAAUAAACAUCUAAUUAUGGAAUAGGUGUUACUCGAAACAUCGUCCUCGUAUUUACCGACCGUGUCAGUUGCUUUAUUUAGCGGUGACAUCAAAUGAAGCAAGUGGCUGCGAAGGCUACCGUUCGCCGCUAUAUGAAUGGCCGAUGGCAGUGGAGACUAAUCUCUUAGUGAAAAAGUUGAUGUCAUCCGUUAUAGGUAUGAUGUCAGACACGUUCCAUUCAUUCAUAUGUAAAAUACACCUGUUUUAGGCUGAAGGUUCUCUUUUUUUUUUUUAUAAAAUUUGAUAAUGUCAAGUAUCGAAUAAUUAUUGGAUCUUGACCUUUUCUUAUUGAUUAAUACGUUUCGUAAUUUAUUUUUCCUUCCUUAGUUUCCUCUACUCCCUUCGCAAUUGUUAUGAAUAGAAAUUCUUAUCAAAAGAGGAAGAAAGUUUAUUCAAAAUAAAAGUGAAGAGAGAAAGAAACAAUUAGAUAAUACGUAAUCAAGGAAAAGCCAAGUAUUGGAUUGGGUCAAUCCGCGGAGCGCAGGGCUGUAGAGAGAGAGAGAGAGAGCCACGGUGUGGCGUUGCGAAUCGGGGCAGCUGCCGAUUCACUCGAGUUCGGGGACGGUCGAUGGACUUCGGGCGAAUUCGUCAAAAGCAAAAUGUCGUCUGCUAGGCGCGUCGUCAGGAACCGGGUCGUAUUUCUAACUCGAAUGUUGCUAUGAUAAGUGAUAAUGCGAUGUCUCUACGUACAAGUAUAUAGUGUUUUUUAUUGGAAGGUGUAUGAAAAAACACAAAAGGAUAUCCUUCGAAUUUGGUUGCCUCGUUGCCGACAAAGAAAUUCAACGAGAGUACCGGUGAACAUUGAUUUUUCCUGCUUUCGCAUUCUACUCGACAGAUGAUCCAAACGAAUGUUUCCAAAGGGGAACGACGUAGACACCAGCGGGGGCGGUGGAAUUAGACUAGGAUGUUUUCUCAAGUAAUCUACCGAAGAAUCAUCGGGAUCGUGACACAAAGGUCUUAAGACGUACACCAACAACAACAACGAGAAGAAUCUCCGAGGCCGUGUCUUGAGAGGUCGAGCCUGACCUAACCGUUUGAGCCAAAUCUAACCUGACCUAAGCGCCGCGGACGACGAAGAUGCGAAGCAUCGGUUGAUUAUCGGCGUGCAGAGGAAGCACGUUGCGUUUGUUACUAGAAAAGUGAUAUCCAUCGCUGUUGGUCGUUAAGUCAUCGUCGUGGCAUCGUCAAAAGAACGCCAUAACAUUGUACGCUUUCCCUUGUUCGUCGUCUCUUCGCCACCACCUCCCUCUUCCUUCCGUUACGGCGUGCAGUUCGUGCACUUCUACGCAGCGGUACACUGUACUCGACCCAACAGCGGCGUACAAGUAAAUAAACGCGCGGCAAUGGUGGAUUCGAGUUCCACGUGCUUUUCAUUCAACAAAACUAUUUUCAACUAGAACCGGGUUAUUUUAAAAGAGAAGCAUACGCAUAAGGGAGGAAAGAGAGGGAGUAGAAACGAAGAGGAUGUCGUAUCUAAUAUCGCGUGCAAAGUUGCCAGCUGCCUGCUGUCGAUAACUACGGUGCGCUAUUCGCUGCUGGUGGACGCUAUUGAGCGAAGACGACGUAACACACGGUUCACUAGUGUGUCGCGGUUGUGAAAUUGUCUAGUGGUUGUGAAAACAGUGCCAAGCGAGGAGUUGCACGAAUAUGGUGUAAAAGAAAAAAGAAAAAAAAGAGGAAGGAUACGAAGAU